CGUGCUGCCUGCUUUCUCACUUGAUGGAUUCCCAGCUUUGUGGUCUUCCUGGCAAAAAUAAUAACUUUAACUACCCAGCAGAUGCCGUAGUCUAGUCUGUACUGGACCAUGUGCAUAUUCUAUGACGGGACGAUUUCGGUGGGGUGCAGCUUUGUAAAGAUCGUUUCCACUAACGUAUCGGCGUUCCUUCGAAGCAUUUUAAUGAAACGCUGUGACUGUUAACUUUCCGUUUUGAUACGCAUCGAGGCGGAACAGAUCACUGGUGUCAGCGAUUCCUUGAACACAACCCAACAAAAUCAUCUGGUUCUCAGUGCUUGUGCCGACGGAACGGUGCCACUGCAUCAUUCGCCACCGGCCUUUAUAUCGAGAGCCCUCUCCCACCGGGGCAAAACAAAAAAGAUUGCAUUUGUGCAUCUUUCGUCGUCGCCCCUUGCUCACGUGGGCUCGUUCCUCGGCAAAACGUUGGACGAGUGAGUCGCUAGAACUGGACUGGAACAACUUCUUCGUGGAAAUACCUUCAGGCCGGAGUUCCUAACGCUCUUCAUACACGACUGUGAUGAGCAAACAGGAAGCCAUGGUCUGUCCUCAAACGCGGCAGCUGAGCUCAAGUUAACGCCCUUGAUCUAACGUGUCUCACAAACGACCCCCAUCCUAAUGGAACGUGGUCCAGACCUCGCUGCUCGGACUGGCACAUGGACAUCCGCGAGGUUGUAACAAAGAUUCGCACUGUCGGCUUUCGCGACCUUCGAGUGUAUAUCAUGGCUAAAACCCGUCCAAAACAACAAGGGUUCCUGGGGUGCAACCACCGUUUUUAACAGUCCGAAUGAAGCUACGGCGGUGAGAUAAGUAGAAUCCGUGCUUUUCCUCUCCUCAUCUUGAGGGCCGCCACACUGCGACGCAUAUUCUACUCCAAGCCGUAAAUUUACCAAGACUGUGCACGGUUGAUUCCACAGCUUCACCCAGAUGUUUCCCUCUCUCGAAACGAAGAGCAGGCUUCCCCCACUGCGCAACCCUCCGGCGCCCCACGGGAAGAUCCGCCUAAAGGUGCUCGCCCACGAGUUUGGUAGCCUGUUGGAAUUUCAGGAACUGGAACGGCACGAACUGUGGAAGACUUGCGUACCAACUCCACAGAAGCUGGUUACUUUGCCCACUUUAUGUCAUCUACUCGCAUUUUUACAGAUUGUGUGCGCAUGGGCGUCGCGCCGCUCGGUCGUGGUACUUUUCCCUGCGGGUGUCACCCACCACAUAGUGCGAUUGCUUUUCUCCGGGCAAAACAUUCAUACUGGAUUGUUCAGCCAUUUACCGCGUCUCGCCUGCGACUGUUGUUGCAGUCUUCUUCGAUUCUCUGCAGCCUCGUCUGUCAAGUCCGGUUUUUGUCGAAUUUGUUUCCCGUCGACAUCCUCGAAGUCGGCGUCUCUUUCUCAUCUCUGCUUGCACUUGCUUCAACAGUGUCUGCGGUGGUUUCGCGACAGGAACCGCAGAAAUUGGAUUCACAGCACGUCUGGCGCACCAUUGAGAAACACUGUUGUUUGGGUAUUCCGACGCGUGACGGCAGCCACUGAAUCCAGUGUCUGUACACCCGAAACGCUGUGACUCGCGGUACCCUUUCCGGACAACCCACCCGAUCACGUCAGUAUCGCGAACUUCCAGCGGUCGGUUCACAUCAGUUCCCCCGAUCUUCAUUGGAGAUUUUUCAAAAUGCCAGAUCGCAGGUCUCGUAGCAGGAGUAGAAGCCCUCGACGGGAUGACACCCGCGAAGAGAGAAAGCGGAAGAAGCGGACAGGAUGGGAUGUUGGCGCGGAGGAAGGAGCGACGCCAACAAUACCUGGCUUGGCUGGGACAGGUCUUGCCGGUUUGGGCGUCACCGCUCUUGCUCAACAGAACAAUUUGCUGAUGCAGAACUUCCAAAACAAGGCUAUGUGCAGGAUUUAUGUGGGCAGCUUGGACUACUACUUGACGGAGUUGGAGAUCAAGAGUGUUUUCCAGGCUUUCGGCACCAUUGUCUCGGUGGAUAUGCCGAAGGAAGGCGACCGCAGCAAGGGCUUCUGCUUCGUUGAAUAUGCUUCGCCGGAAGCGGCUGAGAUGGCUCUGUCGACCAUGCAGAACUUUGUCUUGAAAGGACGGACCAUCAAAGUUGGCCGACCUACCGCCGUGGGAACUGGUGGCCAGCAGCUGCAGCGACCGGCUAUGAUGAUGCCGACUGUCGGCUCCGUGGGUGCUGCUGGAGGCCUGACGAGCAUGGCAGGAACUUCGCCAGGUUCGAUGGUGAACAGCGCGCAGGCGGGCGCCGCUGCGGCGACGGCCAUUCUGGCGGGGCGGACCGGCGCUGCCGACCCCUCCAACUUAGCGGGGCUUCUAUCAACAAGUCAGACGGCUGUCUUGACACCUGAGCAGCAGCAGAUGCAGCAGCAGCUUCUUCAGCAACAGCAGCAGAUGGCGAACAACCGAGUAUACAUCGGCAACGUUCCUUUUGGAUUCUCCUCGGAAGACCUCAAAAAAAUCUUCGUCGUCUUCGGCCCGAUCCUCAGUUGCCAGUUGCUGCCAUCGCAAGAAAAUCCUCAACAACACAGAGGCUACGGAUUCAUCGAAUAUGCGACGGCGGACGCCGCGAAGCUGGCGAUCGAAACGAUGAAUGGUUUCGAAGUCGCUGGCAAGCAGCUGAAGGUGAACUUUGCGACGGCGAUGCGGAACAGCCCUGUAGUGGCGACUCCUCUCGCGGCCAGUCUGCUUCCCUCCAUGGCAGGUCUUCCGGGGGCCUCGCCCCUGACCGCGGGUCUCGUCCCCGGAGACAGGCCUGCCGCCGGGGCCUUGGGCGCGACCGCGGUCGGAGGCCUCGCGGGCCUGGGGGCCCCCGCCGCAGCCUCGCCCGCGGCCCCGGCGCCGGGGCUGUCUCCUGCGACGAGUACGGGGACAGGGGCGUCUGCGCCUGCCAUCAACGGCAGGAGUCAGAGUGGAGACAGAGACGGCGAAGAGAAGGAAGAGGAAGAUCUCCCUCCGGCGCCUGCGCCUGCGGACAUUCGGAGCCCCGUGGUGCUGCUCAGCAACAUGGUGACGCCGAGCGAGGUCGACGGCGAACUGAAAGACGAGGUGCGCGAGGAGUGCUCCAAGUUUGGCAGCAUCAAACGCGUGGAAGUUCACACGUUGAAGGAGACUGUUCGCAUCUUUGUCGAGUUUUCGGAUCUCUCUGGAGCGCGAGAGGCGAUCCCGUCUCUCCACGGCCGGUGGUUUGGAGGCCGACAAAUCAUCGCAAACACCUACGAUCAAGAACUUUUCCAUCAGGGCGAAUACGAGGCCUGAACGCGGGCGUCGCAGUCCAGUCCGUGAAACUGUUUCUCCUCCGUCCUCCGCGCGUUGCGUCUGUAGCUGCCUCACACGCUCGCUUCCUGAAGCAGCCGAAAAGGAAGCGAAACGGCUGCAGAAGAGCAACGCGAGUGGCCAGAGACUGCGGAGAAGGAAAGAGGGUCUUUCCUGGAGUGACAUGGGGUACACAACACCAAGUGCACCUCAGCGAGAGAGGAGCAAAAGAAAUUAAUUUCUCUCCUAUAUAUAUAUAUAUAUAUGUUCAUAUGUGUAUAUGUAUAUAAAUGGGGAGAUAUGUGGGUUCGGUGGCCGAAGUGACUAGUGGUAUUGCAUGCGUUUUCUGCGGAGAGACAAGACGUGGAAGCCGUUAAGGGGAGGCGUGAGGUGAAGUAUCUAAAGAGCACUGGGGAACGGAGGUUGUUGAUUUCUGGGCCAAGUCCACUGAAGAAGAUUACGAUCAAACCAGCAUGUAUCUGCAUAUACAUGCGUGCGUCGUUACGUUUAACCCCAUAUAUAUAUAUAUAUAAAUAUAUGAGAAAUUGGAUGUCUUCUGGAUUGUCUCGGACGGUGGCCUCGGGGAGUGGCGCCACUGGCUGGUAGUUGCUUCUUGUAUCGCUGGAGCAUCAGAUCCGCAGGAAAAGUCAAGGGGGAGGCGAGAGGAAGGACCAGCGUUGCCUGCGUCUUGCCAAGCGAAGACGAGGUAGCCGAGUGGAGAGGGUCCAAAGAGAGAGAGGAGCGUGAAACGUCUGUUUCGUACGCGCGACGGCGUGUGUGGUGGAAAGUGGAAGAGACAGAGGCGGAGAGACAUCGACUGAGAGGAAAAGGAGCAAGGUUUUGGACUUUUGCGAGAGACGUUUCCGCAUGCUGAGGGCCCUUGCGGUUUCUGCUUUCUCGCGGCGAGGGAUAGCAGACGCUUCUCGUUUUUCUCAUGUCUUUUUUCACGGGGGGCCUUCUCGUCGCGUCUUCUUCUCGGACGACGAUGGAAGAGAGUCUUCCACUUUUGGAAAAGAAGCAAACAGAUUGGGAGCAGGCACUCUGGGAUCUCGGGGUGGGCGUGGCGACGCGAAGAAGAAAAAUCGGAAGCGGAACCGAUGCGAGUUCCUCUCAGAGGGGGGUCUUUCAAGAAGACGGUUUCCAUGCUCUCUCAGGUGUACAGACAAGCCAGUUUUUUGAGGGGAGGGACAGAAACAAACGCAGAGUUGGGUUUCGUCUUUUGGAGGCUUUUCUUGUUUUUUUUGUCGUUGCUUUGUCGUUUUCUGAGUCGUGGAGCCUCGCUUCGUCUCGAUCUGGCGUUCCUUGGUGACUGUGGAUCUCUUUUCAAUCUUCAGCGAGUUUGGCACACGAUUCGUUUGUUGCCUUUUCAGUGAGAAGCGCUUCCGCCGCUUUUUCGUCGACAUCGGCUCUGUUGACGACACGAACUGCGUUCUCUCGGGGACUGUCGACGCGAAGUUGAAACUUUCCUCUCUGAAAGAACAGGCGGACCUCUUUUGGCUUCGUGCGAGCUGAAUCACCCGCGACGCGUCACACAGAGUCUGUUUCAUGUAGCGACGGUUCUCUUGAAAAGAGCGCGUUUCUCAGGAUGUGUGUUUCAAACGCAAAAAGCUCUUCAGAAGAUAUGACGGACUCUCAGAGUGUGGGGCGCAAAAUGCGCAGAAAAGAGCAGAAAAAAGAGUAUGAGGUGCUGCCCUAAGCGUGUAUGCAUUCUUCGGACAGGCUGGUUCAGACUUUGUUUCACUCGGCAAGAGGUUUAGACUGCGUUUCGAGGAUUCGAGAGCUCCCUUCUUCCUUUGUUGGAGUCGUAAGAUACUGGUAGCAAGGGCAUGAGGAAACUCUCGAAUGGAACUGCGUUCACGGAAAGCAAAAGGACUUUCCUCAGAUUCAUUUAGGGAACGCGAGGUGUGCCUCUAGCCAUCGCGGAGUCUCUGUUUUCUGCAAGCCCUCUCCGAAACAGACCAAGCCGUUUAUGGAACGGGACAUGCUUUCCCUUUCGAUCUUGGUUUUACCACCGCAGUUGACUGCUGAAGAGAGAGUUGACAGCGUCGGAGAUCAAUGUUCCACGAGCUUCGUAUUCCUCGUCAUGUUUUUGCGAGGUGUCACACACAUGGCUUCGGAAAUCCAGAAAUCUGUCGAAAAACGUGGAACCUCUGGGAUUCUCUAAAGCGCGUGCAAGUCGCCGAUCCUUGUCCGAGAGGAAGAGCCAGCUGCGCGCUGAAAACUCGGUGUUCUGCUGUGUUGCCCUUCACGAGCGACCUCCCCAGAGACAUCUUCAGAGCUCUCACGUCCUUGCGCGUAUCCUGUACAUACACGGGUGUGGCGAGACGUGAAGACAGAGCAGCGUGACGCAAAGAAGCGUUUCGUUGGUAGAAAAAAGACAGGUAGCCUCCUCCAAGUCGCCGAGGUGCGACCAGACAGGCAAGCGAAGAGACAGGUCCACUCUCCGUGUCGCCUGCGUCUCGCUGAAUGCUGAAAGAGUAUUUGUGCAGCGACGCCCAUGCCUCGGAUACCUGCGCAUCUCGAGCACUGGACAUUCGCAUGUUCUUGUUCGCCCCGACGCUCAGGGAUAGGACUGAGGCAGCGACGCAGAACCACGAAGAAGCGUUGAGCGAAAGUGUCAGAAUCGCUCGACAGGGAGUGUAUCGUCUCGUGGUGCUUCAGUGAUGAUUGAGUUCGUCUUCCACUCUAAAACGCCCGACAUGGAAAGCCCCGUU